AAACCGCAAGAAAACAAUUCCUUUACAUGAUCGGCCAUCUGUUCAGAUGUCAUGAAAUUGCUUAAAAGCAAAAUUCUUCUUUCGACAUCCAACUACAUGCCCGUUAUUGGAGAAGCGUCCUCUACAAUUUUGAUUUUAUCAUUAAAUAUGGUACACAGAUGUCCCAACUUCUGGCAACUGGACAGUAAAGUAGAGCAGUCUGCUGUCAGAUGAGCUAUGGACACAGUUAUAAUUCCUAAAUCUUACUGCACCAAAAUGCUAAGCUCAACCUAAAGAUGUAUUUGAUUUUUGGCCGUUUUAUUGAGCUACAUUAACGCAUUUUAGAGCACAGCACGUUCAUGAUGUACAAAAAUGCUGUCGCUAGGAUUCAAAAGACAGUAAUAUGUCUGGUAACACGGCCAUUGUUAGGAUUGACGAAGCCUGAUGCAGGUCGUACUUAUCAUUUUUAAAGAAUAUGUUCUUCAUUCCACUAAUAAUCUAUUUCCGAUAUGUUACUUGCCAGAGACUACACUGUGCCAUAUUUUACGUGAUACUAUCAGAUCAGCAAGUGUUUUUAAGAAUGUCUUUGUAUUUAGUUAAAGAUUUGUAUAUUGUUGUGAAAGUUUCUUUAGUGUUUGUGAGUCAUUCUAUAAUUAGGGGUACAUGUCAUGUCCAUGUAACUUACUCUAUUAUCAAUUUUACUUAUUUUUCAUUAACAUUACACUUCAAGCAAUGAUGACUUUUUUAUAUCAGGGGACAUUUCUAAUUCAUUUACUACAAAAAUACAACAAAUACCCAUCUUUUAUCUGGCAAAAAUGGCAUAUUCUAUACUAGAAUUUGCCGUUUUUUUGCUGUCCGAUUUGAUCAAUGUAAGGUUUUACUCUUCAGUUUAGCUCUAAAAUACAUGUGUCUGUAUCCAUUUCUUAUAAAUAUUUGUCCAAAACAAUCAUAAAAUUAUGAGAUAUGAGAAAUAUUUUGCUCAUGCAUCUACAUUAAAUCAUCCAUUUUGUGUAUGUCCGAGAAAUCAGUGGGUGCAUCUCAAUUCUUAUUUGUGCAUCCUCGUUUCCUUUCCUCGCUUCCUUUCCUCGCGUCUUAGCUCCACCCCGUCAGGAUGCGAGGGAAGGGAACAAGGAAAAGAAGGGAGGACCGAGGAAUUAAAAGAAGUGAAAUGGCAUAUCCUUGCUCCCUUUAGCGUCACUUCAAAGCGUCGUCAAUUAAUGAUGACUGUACACAUUGCACGUUGAAAAUAUAAAAAAUAAAGUUAAAUACAUACUUUAGGUAGAUUCCAUGCUUAAAAGUGUUCAAAAAUGUAUAUAAGGUUUAUCAAAUAUAUGUUAUACAUAACUAUAUUAAUAUAUUAACUUUAACUAUACUGUCUAUAGGUAUACAUUUACAAAAAAGCGUAAUUAUCACAUUUAUGCAUGUUUGAAUAUGAUUUAAAGAUAUGACGAUGUGCAGGGGCAGGAGAAUAAUGUGCACGUCAGGUUUAGUGGAUAAAACACUUCCGCAAAGGAAACACAUGUGUAUCCUCGCUCAUGACUCCUCAGGCCUUCUCUCGCCUCCAUCCUCGCCUCCUCCCAGUGCAAUUAGAGAAUUGAGACGUCCUUAAAGAUGGCUGAGCUCGAUCGGUUUCCGGGUCAUAGGAUGGAGGAGCGAGGAAACAAGGAGGCAUAUUGAGAAGCACCCGGUGUCAACCAUGUUACUCCCUAUAAAUCAGCAAUGGUUUGUUACAAAGUCACAUGUCCAACAUCAUUUGAUGUAAUUUCCUUUUUUGGAGGGAAAUUUGAAGACACAUAUUAUUUAACCCAUUUAUCAAUAAUUUUUGAUAAAUUAUUUUUAUUUAUCAAAAGAAGAAUACUGAUUUUCUGACUUUUUGGCUGACCUGAAAUGUACCCCUAAAUAUAGAAUGACUCUUGUGCAGUCAUGUCUCCUGUCCCUCCAACAGCUACUCUCACAUACGACUCUUUGCACUUUGGUGAGAUCGAAGAUUUCCCAGAGACCAUAGAGCCUGUCUGGAUUUUAGGAAAGCAGUUCAGCGCACUAACAGAGAAGGAUGAAAUUCUGACUGAUGUCACCUCACGUUUGUGGUUAACCUACAGAAAGAACUUCCAGCCAAUCGGUGGCACUGGGCCUACUUCAGAUACUGGCUGGGGCUGCAUGCUUCGAUGUGGACAGAUGAUUCUUGGGGAGGCCUUAAUUUGCAGGCACUUAGGCAGAGACUGGAGAUGGAAUCCAGGUCAGCGGCAGAGGUCGGAAUAUAUCAGUAUUCUCAAUGCUUUUAUUGACAAGAAGGACAGCUAUUAUUCCAUCCACCAAAUAGCUCAGAUGGGUGUAGGUGAGGGCAAGUCUAUUGGCCAAUGGUAUGGUCCUAAUACAGUGGCACAGGUACUCAAGAAACUGGCAGUAUUUGACUCCUGGAGCCGACUGGCAGUUCAUGUAGCUAUGGACAAUACUGUGGUUAUAGAGGAAAUCAAAAGGUUGUGUAUGCCAUGGCUGGACUUUGAGAGGGGAGCAUGUGCAGCUUCUGUGGAACCUCAAGAGAUGAAUGGAGAUCUACAGGGGGCAUGUGCUCUGGCAGAGGAUGAGACAGCUCUUUGGAAACCAUUAGUUCUGCUGAUUCCUUUAAGACUGGGCCUAAGUGAUAUCAAUGAAGCUUAUUUUGAACCACUAAAGCAAUGCUUCAUGAUGCCUCAGUCUUUGGGGGUAAUAGGUGGGAAACCAAACAGUGCUCACUACUUCAUUGGCUUUGUAGGUGAAGAGCUCAUUUACCUAGACCCUCACACCACUCAGCCUGCUGUGGAACCGGAUGAAGAUGGUCAGUUCCUGGAUGAGUCCUACCACUGCCAGCACCCUCCCUGCCGAAUGCAUAUAUGUGAGCUUGACCCCUCCAUUGCUGCUGGCUUCUUCUGUCAAACCGAGGAUGAUUUUGAUGACUGGUGUGCACAGAUUCGUAAGGUUUCAAACUGUAGAUGUCUUCCUAUGUUUGAAUUAGUGGACAGUCAGCCAUCUCAUCUAAUCACUACUGAUGUACUAAAUCUCACUCCAGACUUCUCAGAUUCAGACCGUUUGGAGCGCUGCUUUGAUUCUGAAGAUGAAGAAUUUGAAAUACUGUCUCUGUGAAGUAAUGAUACAUUUGCCAGACCUUCAGAAUCCUGCGACAGAGCCCCGCAGUGGAAAGAGAGCAGUGAGAGAAAGGACAGAAUGUCAUUAAUGGCUAAGGCCAG